GAAGUCAAUAUCCCACAGAAAAGAAUUUGAAAUUUUGAAAGAGAAAACCAGCAAGAAAUAUGGCGUCUAAAGGUGAUAUCAAGGGGUUUUUCAGGCAACAGAAGAGCAGUGGAGUUACCAAACCAAAUAACAAAACUACCAAAUCUUCUUCAUCUUUCUCCAAGAAAGCUGCAACAACUCUUGGCUCUGACCAAACACAACCAUCUGCUCUCAUCUCUCAUGGCUCCCUCGACCUCAAAGAGAUAUUGAGGCAAUUUGACAUGAACAUGAAGUAUGGACCGUGCAUCGGAAUGACCAGAUUGGCCCGUUGGGAACGAGCUAAGAAUUUGGGUAUGAACCCACCAAACGAAAUUGAAACUUGCCUGAGGCAAGCUAAGGUUGGGUUGGAGUGUUUAUGGAGUAGCCGUGUUUAAAAUUCAUGCGCUUUAUGAAUUUGGUAAGGUUGUGUUGGAAUGAUGUUUGGGGUAAUCGUGUUUAAAGCUCGUUUGUAUGAAUGAAAGCUACAGUUGUUUGCUGUACUAGAGUUAGUGAAUCCUUUUAUGUAAUAGAGUUUGUUGCCGUUCACCAUUUCAUAUAUUGGAAAUGGUGUUCGAGAAUUGAUAAUUCCUCUAUUUAUUUUUUUCCGACUAA